GUGACAGAUCAUUGCCUCCCUCCCCCUCCAGUCUCCUGCCUCCUCUGCUGCACUGCAGCCUCCACACUCACAAGGCUUGCUGCAGAUCUGCUCUCCGCUGCAUUUACUUCUCGCUUGGUGGUGCCUUGUCUGUCACCAAUUUGCACAGCUCUGGUAAAUGCCAUUCCCAGGACCGCUUACCCCCUCCCCUGUGCAGGGAUGGUUCUGGGAGGUAGUGUCUGGCUCGUUUUCCCCUUGGACAUGGGGCAUCUGAAUGCAGAGACUGACAUCCACUAGAAAAGGUUCAAUAGGGGGAAAUAACAAGUGGGGGAGAAAGGGAAAGGGUGGGGGGAGGUGGGUGACACCAAUUCACAGGGGAGGAGGUCCCAGCACUGCUGAAUUCUCUGGAAUUUGCCAUCUUUUUCACACUCUGAUCUCUCAUCUGGAUUGGAAGCUGGAUUUUACCCCCUAGACUGAGGGGCUCCUGCAAGCCUGUGCUUUGUGACACCCCACUUUGGGUGCAUCAUGGAAUCAGUGGACAAGGAGUGUGGGGCGCUAGGGGGUCUGUUCCAGGCCAUCAUCAAUGACAUGAAGAGUUCUUAUCCAAUCUGGGAGGAUUUUAACUCUAAAGCCACAAAACUGCACUCGCAGCUCAGGACCACUGUGCUGGCAGCAGUCGCUUUUCUUGAUGCCUUCCAGAAGGUGGCAGACAUGGCAACCAAUACCAGAGGAGCCACACGUGAUAUUGGAUCAGCACUAACAAGGAUGUGUAUGAGACAUCGGAGCAUCGAGAGCAAACUGAGGCACUUCACAAAUGCUCUCAUGGAAACUUUAAUAAACCCUCUCCAGGAGAGAAUAGAGGACUGGAAGAAGACCGCAAACACACUCGACAAAGAGCAUGCGAGAGAAUAUAAAAGAGCCCGCCAUGAAAUCAAGAAAAAAUCCUCAGAUACGCUGAAGCUGCAAAAGAAGGCUCGCAAAGAAGUCCUCGGUAAGGGAGAACUGCAGCCCCAGCUGGACCAUGCUCUGCAGGACGUUAAUGACAUGUACCUGCUCCUCGAAGAGACAGAGAAACAGGCAGUGCGCAGGGCUCUGAUAGAAGAGCGAGGACGCUUCUGCACCUUCAUUGCCUUACUCCAGCCCGUGGUGACCGGAGAGAUCCACAUGCUGGGAGAGGUCACUCACCUGCAAGCAAUCAUCGAGGAUCUGAUGGUGCUAACAAAGGAACCUCAUAAACUGCCACCGGCCAGUGAACAGGUCAUCAAGGACCUGAAAGGAUCCGAUUACUCUUGGUCUUAUCAGACACCACCAUCAUCUCCCAACAGUUCCUGUUCGCGCAAAUCCAGCAUGUGUAGUACAAAGACCCCUUCCUGGUCAGCUGCCACGCACCCCCACUCACCGGGUUCCGCGUGUCGCUAUCGCAGCCUCCCGCAGCCCACUGGGGGCCCUCAUCGAUUAAUAAGUGUGUCCUCCCACGAUUCCGGAUGCAGCUCACAUGAAGCCAGUUACUCCAAGCCUCCAUCACCAAUGCCAUCAGAUAUCACCAGUCAGAAAUCCUCCAGCUCUGCGUCUUCAGAAGCGUCUGAGACAUGUCAGUCUGUCAGUGAGUGUAGUUCGCCCACUUCAGACUGGUCCCGCUCCGGUCCUUACGAAACACCUCCUGCCAGUUCUCUACAGCGUAGGAAGGACCGCGUGGAACAUCUGCGUGAGGCAGAGCUUGGCCCAGGGUAUCAGAGUCUGGAAGACCCGUACCGGCCUCGUAUGUCCCCCGCAGUUAUUGCAGCCAAGCAUGGAGAAGUCGUGUCUCCUGCGGCGAGCGACUUGGCGAUGGUUUUAACACGAGGCUUGAGUUUAGAGCAUCAGAAGAACAGUCGAGAUUCCUUACAAUACUCAAGCGGAUAUAGCACACAGACCACAACUCCUUCGUGUUCGGAGGAUACCAUUCCUUCCCAAGGUUCCGAUUACGACUGUUACUCUGUUAAUGGCGAUGGGGACGCAGAGGGGUCUGGCGAAUUUGACAGAUCCUCCACAGUCCCCAGGAGCAGUAGCCUGGCCCAAAAUUAUCGUCGCCUGCUUCAGACCAAGCGCCCAGCUUCUACAGCAGGUCUACCCAGCACCACACCUCCACCUGGCUCCACUCCCGGAGUCGCAACAAUAAGACGCACCCCUUCCACCAAGCCUACGGUCAGACGCACACUGUCCAAUGCCGGUCCCAUUCCGUGUCGGCCUCCAAUAGUGCCAGUGAGGACACCCACAGUUCCAGAUUCUCCAGGAGGUCUUGGAAGCCGUUCCCGAGUGGGAAGUGAAGAGUGUGUCUUCUAUUUGGGAGCCGAUGAUCAAAGUUCCCUUGACUAUGCCAAGUCAUCCCCAAAACGUCUGAGCCUUCCCAAUGCAGCCUGGGGAGGAGACGGAGAAAUGUCUGUGUACGGUGGUGGAGGAGGUGACGAAGAAGAAAUGGGAGGGGGACUCCUUGCCGCCAAUCGGCACAGCCUUGUGGAGAAGAUUGGAGAAUUAGCAGCUGGAGCACAUGCUCUAGGAGAUGGGCAGUUCCCCUUCCCUUCUGCCCCAGAUCGGAGUCUAGGCCCUACACCAGGGGGCGGCAGAACCGGAUCUGAACCCCCAGCAGGUGAUAUGCUGGCAUCCAUACGCAGAGGCGUGCGGUUACGCCGGACCCUCACCAAUGACCGCUCAGCACCCCGUAUCUUGUGAUUUGGGUUUGUGUGGUUAGUAAUGCGAUGGAGGAUUGGUGCUCCGAGGGGGAGGGGAGUGACAAAUACUGUGAUAGAGGGGACAUCUGAUAUAGAGGUGUGGGAGUGCUUAACCCUUUCUAUGCAGGAGCAUGGAUUAAAUCUAUUCCAUGCUGGAAAAAUAUACAAAACACCAGGCCAUAGUACCUGUGAGACAUCUUGCAGUCCUUUCCCUUAUGUGCAGUAGUGUGUCCUUAGUAAAUGUAGCCUGUAGACAGGAAGCCCAUCACAUUAUCAUCCAGAUCUCUAGGGGUCUGAUACUUGUAGAUCCAGGCAGGCCCAGCUAGUGGGACCAAGUCAAACACUCUCUGUGAUGAACGCCACCUCUCGAGUGUCUCACAGCUCUUCACACUACAAGAGGUUCAGGUCUAUGCGCAGCACACCAGAAUAUACAAGAAACAGCUGACUAGACCUUAAAAAUAAUGUGCAACAAUCAUUUUAUGCAACAGAAA